AUGGCUUCCACUUCUCUGAAUGUCCAGCCUUCUUUCCAUGCUCGCUCAAACAGCUUGCCUUCAAGGCAACACCCCAUCACUUCACAGAUUGAUGAAAAUGUGAACCGAUUGAGGUCAUCUCAAUCAGCCUCUACAUCGUCAUCAAUGGGAGAUAAGCUGAAUUGUCUUCAAGAUCUGUAUGAAUAUGUUGAUAUGUUUCUACAGUUGCCCCUCACUCAGCAAGCUUUCGCUCACGAGCAGCAAAGGAAAUUGGUUGAUGAACUUUUGGAUGGAUCUCUAGUUCUCCUGGAUGUAUGUGGAACCGCUAAAGAUGCCUUGCUGCAAACAAAGGAAUACACCCAAGAACUUCAAUCGAUUUUUCGCCGAAGACGAGGGAUCGAGGGGCUUGGUAAUGAGGUUAGGAAAUACUUGACCUCUAUGAAGGCAGCGAGAAAGGCAAUCUGCAAGGCCUUAAAUAACUUGAAACAUAUGGCGAAUAAACUUAGCACCUCUUCCUUCAGCAGAGACGUUGAGUCUGGAGCUGCGAUUAGCUCCUUGAAACAAGUAGAGGCAGUAACCAUCAGCGUGCUAGAAUCCUUGUUGUCCUUUAUUUCAAGGCCAGGGACCGAACUGAAAUCAAGCCGGUGGUCAGUAGUUUCAAAGCUAAUGCACCAAAAAAGAGUAUUGUGCGAGGAAGUAGAAGAAAAAGCUAAUGAAAUUGCGAAUGCUGAAGCUGCAUUGCAUUCCUUGAUAAAAUCUGGAAACAUGAAGAAUGUUGAGAAUGUGCAGAACAAGCUCCAAAUCUCCGAGAUGUGCAUCCAAUAUCUAGAAGAAGGUCUUGAAAGCUUGUUUAGGCAAUUGAUCAAAGCUAGAGUCACUGUUCUCAACUUCCUCAACUGUUGA